AUGCAUUGCUUUUUUGCAGAGCUGGAGCCAUCUCUAUCCGUCACUGAGCAAAACCUGGCAGACCGAGUUAGGUACAUCCUGCGCUCCAACAUAUUUGGUGACGCCGAACUCGAGCGACUACGACGUGAGGCUAUUCCUUCAUCGAAUGGAAAUGCUACGGCUGGGAAUGCGGCGCCACUAGAUGCGCAACAAACUGCAUAUGUGGAUGCUGCCGUCAACAUUCCAUUUGUGGCUAAUUCAGACGAUGAUGGAAUAGUCUCCCACGAACUAGAGAAAAUGAGGAGCAUAUUGGAAGAGUCGAUGCUGGAAACGCGCAGCAUGCCUCUCGAAAAUCGACCGCGAAUUCCCCGCAUACCCCUUAGCAAGCGAAAUCGGGCUGUCGUGCGGGCUCUUAACCCAAUGCUGGUGACCUAUUUGGAAGCCAGCCGGGACCUUUGCGAGACGGAUUCAAUUCUUUUUUGGCGCCGCACUGGCAGUAUGCCGUAUUAUUGGCGCCAAACUUCCCGUGGCUGGACGUGCUACUCAAAAAAGUAG